AUGGUAGCUCAAACUUACCAGGAAGCCAGCCGCAGAUUGAUGGCGCAAGGACUGGAAGAACUGGCGAGGGGAGACACGCGACAAGCCUCCGAAAAAGGCUGGGGCGCCGCCGCGCAGAUGCUCAAAUCCGUCGCCGAACAACGAGGUUGGGAGCACAAGCGCCAUGUGGCGUUAGGAAGAGUCGUCGGACGGCUGGCCGAAGAAACCGGCGAUGUGGAAAUUCGACGGCUCUACCGGGUCGCCAGCGAUAUGCAUACCAACUUCUACGAGGACUUGGACGAACCAGCCCACGUAGCCGCUGGCUUGGCCGAUGUCGAGUUGUUUUUGGAUAAGUUGGCGCGUCUCGCAUGA